UUAUUGUCUUUACUGAUGCCUGACUCAAACGAGCAGUCGCUUUUCGGUGGUUCUCUGGGCCAGCGGGUUUCUGCGUGGAGCGAGGACCAGAACGGCGGGGCAACAAGUCGCUGUUUCUACUGUGGUACCGUAGCGGGGCGAAGGAAUUCUCUCCCACUGGGGUGUAAGGAUAGCACGGCUGAUUUUCUUCAUCAUCUAGACCUGGCUGACAAACGGGAUCAAAGCCUGCAUGGACAGCAGCUCCUGAGAAAGGGCUCUGUUCCUGAUUUGGGCAAUAACCUCUACCUCAGACGAGCCAUGGCAGGCCGGGCUUCGGCACCAGCUCAGGAUUACUACCUGGCUAAUGCUUCCUUUUCUGGUCAACCACCUGAAGAGUCUGGGUUUUACAGGGAUAACCAGCACUCGCUCACCAGAUCAGCAUCGCAUUAUGGAGGGGUGAGGCCUGCGUGGGAUCAAGGACAGGCAAGGGCCACACCUUCUGUACUGGGCUCUGGUUCUGUAUCUACAUCUCUGCCUCCUCCUCCUCCUCUUCCUCCUCCCCCACCACCUCCUCCCCCUCCUCUUCAUGAGCUGAGCCGUUUGUACCGGGAAGCUCUGGGAUCUAAGAUGAUCCCAGACGUCCAGCGCAUUGGUGGCAACUCUUUUACUCCAGCCGGUUUCUACGGGGUCCAGCCCCCUCUUCACGUUUACGCCACUGACCUGCCGUCUCUCCCUCCACAUCAGGUUUAUAAUAGCAUCGCCAGCUUGCCACUGGAACCUCGCCAGUCAACUGUCACCGGUUCAUUGGUGGACCCAGCCUCUCAAGUGAUGGACGGAGCUCUACAACGGGCCUAUGGAGCUGUAGCCUCCCAGAGGCUGCCUUAUGACCCAAGCUAUGAUCCCAGCUCAGUCAUGAUGGCUGCCACAGCUGGGAUGCCUUCCAGCAUGCCUCCGGUCCAUCCCAGUGCUACAGACCCCAAGAAGAUGGUAGACCCUACCUUCCUGGCGUUCUUACGAGCUGAAGGCUUGGCUGAGAGCACUAUCACUCUGCUGCUGCAGCAUGGCUUUGAUUCCACGGCCACACUGACAAUGAUGGAGGACCACGAUAUCCGUUCUGUGGCCCCAAACUUGGCCCAGGCCCGUGUUUUGUCCCGCUUGGUGCUGGGAUGUAAGACAGGCAGUGCUGGAACACGUACCCGGUCCAACAGCUUCAGCCAUCGCAAUGACCUCUAUAUGCAGCCACAGGGGUUGACGAUGGACCCUAAUCUGAUGCAGCAACCCCCCACCACCAUUCAGACCAUAUCCCCACGGAUGGGAGAGUUUCUCGGCCGCAGACCAAGCAGUGCCCCCUCUCAGCAUCUCCUCGAGACCACCACCUAUCCCGGGUCGAGGCAAGUGGCAACUGGUGCUUUCCCAGUUAGCCCUGGAGGAUACAACAACGCAGUGCCUCAGGGGAGACCGCUUUCUAUGUACAACUCCCAUACUGGUCUCGCCAUGUCCGCUCACGGACAGCAACCCCCACCGGCACCUGGCACUCCCGGAACCGCACCCAAAACCUUCUCUGGCUCUUACUCCCCCAUGGAGCUGAUGAAGAGAGCCCCGAACCUUCCCCCGGCUUCACCCGUCGCGGCAGCAAGCCCCCUCCACAGCCCACAGCUUCUCCGGAAAGGGAUCAGUGCCGCUCCCGAGAACACCAUCGUUCCUGCAAAUUCCAACACCACUCUCCAAGGGCAAAACGUCAGCAACAACAAGCUGGUCGGACGUCGCACUGGUCCACCUGUGAUUGUCUCAACAAUGAACACCGCGCCAGACACAAGUAUUCGGCCCCAGAUCAUGAACGGGCCCAUGCACCCGCGCCCCCUGGUGGCGCUGCUGGACGGGCGCGACUGCACUGUGGAGAUGCCCAUCCUUAAAGACUUAGCUACUGUCGCCUUCUGCGAUGCUCAGUCAACACAGGAGAUCCACGAGAAGGUGCUAAACGAGGCAGUGGGAGCCAUGAUGUACCACACCAUCACCUUGACCAGAGAGGACCUGGAGAAGUUCAAAGCCCUACGCAUCAUCAUCCGCAUUGGCAGCGGAUACGACAACAUUGACAUAAAGGCGGCGGGAGAACUAGGUAUCGCCGUGUGCAACAUUCCCUCUGCAGCCGUGGAGGAGACGGCCGACUCCACUAUUUGCCACAUCCUGAACCUCUACAGGCGGAACACGUGGCUCUACCAGGCUCUCCGGGAGGGCACGAGGGUCCAGAGUGUGGAGCAGAUCCGCGAGGUGGCUUCUGGCGCCGCCCGCAUCCGUGGCGAAACCCUCGGCCUUAUCGGAUUUGGUCGUUCGGGUCAGGCGGUGGCGGUGCGAGCCAAGGUCUUCGGCUUCAACGUCAUCUUCUACGACCCCUACCUGCAGGACGGACUGGAGCGCUCGCUGGGCGUGCAGCGCGUCUACACCCUGCAGGACCUGCUUUACCAGAGCGACUGCGUCUCCCUGCACUGCAACCUGAACGAGCACAACCACCACCUCAUCAACGACUUCACCAUCAAACAGAUGCGUCAGGGCGCGUUCCUGGUCAACACCGCGCGGGGAGGCCUCGUGGACGAGAAAGCUCUGGCCCAGGCGCUGAAGGAGGGCAGGAUACGGGGAGCAGCCCUGGACGUCCAUGAAACCGAGCCCUUCACUUUUGCACAGGGCCCACUGAAAGACGCUCCGAACCUGAUCUGCACGCCUCACACAGCAUGGUACAGCGAGCAGUCUUCUCUGGAGAUGAGGGAGGCGGCUGCCACCGAGAUCAGAAGAGCCAUCACGGGACGGAUCCCAGACAGUCUACGAAACUGUGUCAACAAGGAGUUCUUUGUCACCACGGCACCCUGGGGAGUUAUGGAGCAACCAGGCGUUCACCCUGAGCUCAACGGCGCUGCCUACAGAUACCCGCCGGGUGUUGUUGGAGUGGCUCCAGGCGGCCUCCCGGGGGCGUUAGAGGGCAUGGUGCCCGGUGGGGUCCCCAUCGCCCACACUCUGCCCUCUGGUACGCACCCUUCCCAGGCCCCGUCACCCAACCAGCCCUCCAAACACGGCGAGACCAGAGAGCACCUCACCGAGCAAUAGCAGCAGAAGGGGUCCACGAAGCAGCGAACAUCUCAUCUGACCGGCGCUCAGAGAAACCAACCGAUCACAAAUCAAACCGACCAACCUGGGGACCAAGAGACAGUGGAAAAACAACACAAAGCGGCUGCCUGUCGAACCAGCCUGGAAAACGGGGAACUAAGGAAGUGUUACGGGGGAAUUUGUACUUUUACAGUUUCGGUUUUUACUCGUCUCUUUGAGUUCUGUACCGACUUUACUCUUUGAUGAUGUUUUUGGGGUUUUAUUUUUUCCUCCUCCACCUUCGGGACAUGGCUAUGAUUGUGGACACAGAGUCCAGUGUUUUUAAUGCUCCAGGAUCACCUGAUGAGACUCUGUCAAGCCCACCCUAUACACCUCAGAGCUCAUGGGAAAUGUAGGCCCACUUCUCAGAAACACCAAGGGGAAGAACAGAAAGAAAAAAAAAAAAGACCGUCCUGUGCUACUGGACCUCAUUCAUCCCCCUUCUGAUCCCCCCCAACACCUCUCCUUUAUGUAACAAGUGUGCAUUGUUUAGAUCUACUCCACCCCCCACUUUUAAGCCUCAGAAAAUAAUUAUUUGGUUUUAUUUCUAUUUAGUGUGAAUGAUUAAGAAUUUAUUAUCAGCAUAUAUCUAUCAUUCAUCAAAUAAACAUGAGAUUUGUCAUCAGUUCUAAUAAUCUAGAGUGAUUUUAAACCCUUUCCUGGCAGCAAAUUGCAGCUGCAAUAUCACGAUGACCACUAGAGGUCACUUUUGUACAAUGAAGAGUGGUUUUGGAGCUAUCCACUUCUUGAAGCCGUUUGUAGGUCGGAAAAUAAAGAAAAAAGUGAUAUAAAGAGAUGUGCAGAGACCUCGGUUUUUUAAAGAAGAACCUGUGAGCAACUACCACCAAUGAUCAUUCAGGUUCCUUCCCACCUCCGAGCAUAUCAACUGCUGGCAGGAAAGGGUUUUAAGGCACAAUUAAGUUUUUAAUAACUCAGGAAAAAACACUUUACAGAUUUUCUUCCCAUUAAAUUUCCAUCGCUUGAUUUGAGGGGGGAAAAAAAAAAAAGGUAAAAAGACUAACCUGGUUAGUCUGAAUAUGUUCUCUCCAUCAUCAUCUCCAUUGUGGUAUUUUUCUAUACAAGGUGCAUCAUGCAUUUUUGGUGUUAAAAGUUUUGAGGAGUCCUGUUAGAUUUGUAUUGCCUAGUUAAAUGUUCCUAUAACCAUAGUCCUACGUGAGCCAUCCGUUCUCUCCUCCCUCCUUAUGGUUCCUUUGUUCUAUUCAAGGCCAGGUUCUUUGGGGGAGGGUCGUCCUGUACUCUGUAAGAGCAAUAGCUGAAACUCCUUAGUGUCCCGACAAUAGCGGAAAGAGGCAGCCAGCAGUAUGUUUUUUUUUUUUUUUGUUUUUUGUUUUUAGUGUGAGUAUUUGUAUUUGUUUCUUGUACAAGGUGAACAUUUAGCAAUUCAGUACAGUUCAAAUAAAGAGAUGAUUCAGAGA